AUGGCAACAUCAGGCUACCUUGACCAUGCUCUCGAAGGCGCACGUAGAGAGUAUUCGACACGUAAUCCACGCUCUUUAAAGGCGCAUCAAGAUGCCCACUCCCACUUGCCAGGCGGUAAUACCAGGACAGUUCUUCAUGUGGACCCGUUCCCAAUGACAUGGGCCUCGGCAACGUCUGGUACCCUCACAUCUAUCGACGGCGACACAUAUAUCGACCUUCUGGGCGAGUUCAGUGCAGGAAUCUUCGGUCACUCCGAGCCAAGAAUCGCAGAAGCUGUACAGGUUGCGCUGUCAAAAGGGUGGAACUAUGGCGGGAACUCCCAAACCGAGAAAGAGUUUGCUCAAAAGGUUUGCGAACGAUUCGGUCCAGCAGGUAUCGAGCUCGUUCGGUUCACCAACUCUGGCACCGAAGCAAACACUACGGCUUUGGGGGCAGCGUUGGCCAUUACCAAAAGACGAAAGAUUCUAGUCUUCAGUGGCGGAUACCAUGGCAGCACACUUGUAUUCCCGAUGGCUCUGAUGAAGGGAUCAACCGCGCCUUGCAUGAACUUACCACACGAGUUUGUGCACGCUCCCUAUAACAACAUCCCGGAGACAAAGGCUAUUUUGGAAGGCCUCCCAAAGGCCUCCCUCGCGGCGAUUCUGGUGGAACCCAUCCAAGGAUCUGGUGGCUGCAGAGCCGCAACCAAGGAAUUUUUACACUACCUUCGUGGCGUGGCCGACAAUACGGGUGCUAUCCUAGUCUUCGACGAGGUCAUGUCUUCGCGACUGGAUUAUUCCGGAUAUAGUGCCUCUCAGGGCGUGCGCGGGGAUAUCGUGACGCUCGGCAAAUACAUUGGCGGUGGCAUGACCUUCGGAGCUUUCGGAGGCCGCAGAGACAUCAUGGAGCUUUUCGACCCCUCCAAAAAUAUGUUGUUUCAUCCUGGUACCUACAACAACAACGUUCUCACGAUGCACGCGGGACUUGUUGGCCUGGAUAUCUACAAUGCCGGCGAGGUCGAUCGCUUGAAUAAGCUUGGCGAGGAUCUGAAGACCAAAGUCCAACAAAUCUUGAUCGAUGAGGGCUUAUAUCCCGACACGAUCAAAAGAGCUUCAUCAAACCUUAUCGAGAUCGACAGCUUGCAAGGCGAUGUCACUGUACAGGUCGACGAGGAUUCAAAAUCUCAGCUGGAACACCUCCCACCUAUGUUCAUCACUGCGCGAGGGAGCAUGCUCAAUGUGCGUUUCUCGGGACCCGAUGCUGCCAAGUGGCAAGCGCUAUACUACCAUCACAUGCUCACCAAAAACAUCCAUAUUGCUGUACGAGGCUACACACCACUCACCCUCUGCGCCAAGGAAGCGCACAUAGACAACUACGCCAACGCCGUACAAGAGUUUGUACGGAUGCACAAGUCUCAAUUGAUCUCCAAGUCUUAGUGCUGUAUGUUUGGAGAAGAUACGCAUGAGCUACCCGGGUAGGCUGCCAAUUGGAGGCAGUAUAUUCAGUUCAAGCGGUGAAUAAUGGGAAGGAAGUGUGUGACCAGGGCGUAGCUAGGAGUAAAAUAGAUCCUUUUAC